CUUAAUACCUUCUGUCGGUAAGAGCAGAGUUAAAUCACGAAAACGUAAGCAAUCGGCUUCCUGCCUGCUGACAAUCCGUGCAAAGCAAAAGGGAACUCGCUUCCUCUCUCGCUCUGUAGACUUGCCCGGUGCUCGAAGCUGCUGGCUGUUCAGUCCCUGUGAUUUAUUUGGGGUGUGUGCGUGUAGAAGAAAGGGAGCGGAAAGAGGGUGCCACUAAAGAGCAAAAAUGUUGGACCCGUCGUCUAGCGAGGAGGAAUCGGAGGAGAUAGUAGAAGAGGAGAGUAAGGAGGUGCAGGCUCCGGCCCCGGGUAGUCGGUUAUCCCCGAGCAGGACCAGCGAGAGCAGCGGGGGGCUGCAGCCGAGCAGCCGGAGCAGCAGCAUCCGACCGUCCAGCCCCAGCCCCUCGGUGGUGAGUGAGAAGGAGAAAGAGGAGCUCGAGAAGCUGCAGAAAGAGGAAGAAGAGAGGAAGAAAAAGCUGCAGCUGUACGUCUUUGUGAUGAGGUGCAUCGCCUACCCGUUCAAUGCCAAGCAGCCAACAGACAUGGCGAGGAGGCAGCAAAAGAUAAACAAGCAACAGCUGCAAACAGUCAAGGAUCGUUUCCAGGCUUUCUUGAAUGGAGAGACACAGAUCGUGGCAGAUGAAGCUUUUAUCAAUGCUGUGCAAAGUUAUUAUGAGGUGUUCCUGAAAAGUGAUCGUGUGUCCAGAAUGGUACAAAGUGGUGGGUGCUCAGCCAAUGAUUCUCGAGAAGUGUUUAAGAAGCACAUUGAAAAGCGGGUUCGAAGUUUGCCAGAAAUUGAUGGUCUCAGCAAGGAGACGGUCCUGAGCUCCUGGAUGGCAAAAUUUGAUGCGAUUUACCGAGGCGAGGAGGAUCCUCGCAAACAGCAGGCCCGGAUGACAGCGAGUGCAGCAUCAGAGCUCAUCCUCAGCAAGGAGCAGCUGUACGAAAUGUUCCAGCAAAUUCUGGGGAUCAAAAAGUUUGAGCACCAGCUACUGUACAAUGCAUGCCAGCUUGACAAUCCAGAUGAGCAGGCGGCUCAAAUCAGACGAGAAUUGGAUGGGCGUCUUCAAAUGGCUGAUCAAAUAGCAAAGGAACGCAAGUUUCUGAAGUUUGUGUCAAAGGAAAUGGAGAACAUGUUUAUCGAGGAGCUUAAGUCAUCUGUAAAUCUACUAAUGGCAAAUCUGGAGAGUAUGCCUGUAUCUAAAGGAGGGUCAGAGUUUAAACUUCAGAAGCUGAAACGCAGUCAUAACACUUCCAUCAUUGACAUGGGAGAGGAAAAUGAAAAUCAGCUUUCCAAGUCUGAUGUUGUACUGUCAUUUACACUUGAGGUGGUGAUCAUGGAAGUUCAAGGUCUAAAGUCUUUAGCACCGAAUCGCAUUGUUUAUUGUACAAUGGAAGUGGAGGGAGGAGAGAAGCUGCAAACUGAUCAAGCUGAAGCUUCAAAGCCAACCUGGGGUACCCAAGGUGACUUCACCAGCACGCACCCACUUCCUGCAGUAAAGGUGAAACUCUUCACAGAGAGCACAGGCGUGUUGGCUCUGGAGGACAAAGAGCUUGGACGGGUUGUCUUGCAUCCAACACCCAAUAGUCCAAAAUCAGCUGAAUUGCACAAAAUGAUUGUUUCAAAAAACAGCAUGGAUCAGGAUCUGAAAAUUAAGUUGGCGGUUCGGAUGGACAAGCCACAGAACAUGAAACACUGUGGGUACUUAUGGACAAUUGGUAAGAAUGUUUGGAAAAGAUGGAAGAAAAGGUUCUUUGUUCUGGUGCAGGUCAGCCAGUAUACAUUUGCGAUGUGCAGUUAUCGGGAGAAAAAGGCUGAGCCACAAGAAUUGCUGCAACUGGAUGGAUACACAGUAGAUUAUACUGACCCACAGCCAGGUCUGGAGGGCGGUAGAGCAUUCUUUAAUGCAGUUAAAGAAGGAGACACUGUGAUCUUUGCCAGUGAUGAUGAGCAGGAUCGGAUCCUUUGGGUUCAGGCAAUGUACCGUGCUACUGGUCAAUCACACAAGCCUAUCCCUCCAACUCAAGUGCAAAAACUCAAUGCCAAGGGAGGAAAUGUACCCCAGCUGGACGCUCCCAUCUCCCAGUUUUAUGCAGACAGAGCUCAGAAACAUGGAAUGGAUGAAUUUAUCUCUGCCAAUCCUUGCAUGUUUGAUCACGCAACACUCUUUGAAACACUACAAAGGUUGACACUGGACCAUAGGCUUAACGAUUCAUAUUCUUGUUUGGGGUGGUUUAGUCCUGGUCAGGUGUUCGUGCUGGAUGAAUACUGUGCCCGUUAUGGAACCAGAGGCUGUCACAGACAUCUCUGCUACCUCAAUGAUUUACUUGAAAGGGCUGAAAAUGGAGCAAUGAUUGACCCAACCCUGCUUCAUUACAGCUUUGCCUUCUGUGCUUCACAUGUUCAUGGCAACAGGCCCGAUGGAAUAGGGACAGUCACAGUGGAAGAGAAAGAACGUUUUGAAGAAAUCAAGGCCAGACUGCGUUCACUACUUGAGAAUCAGAUUACUCAUUUUAGAUAUUGCUUUCCAUUUGGAAGACCAGAGGGAGCACUGAAGGCUACUUUGUCUCUCUUGGAGAGGGUGCUGAUGAAGGAUAUAGUAACCCCGGUUCCACAAGAAGAAGUUAAAGUUGUUAUUCGGAAAUGUUUGGAGAAAGCUGCACUUGUAAAUUACACACGACUUUCUGAGUAUGCCAAAAUUGAAGAAAAUGUAGGGCAGUUAGUCACUCCUGCCAAAAAACUGGAAGAUACAAUUCGUCUUGCUGAACUGGUUAUUGAGGUGCUGCAACAGAAUGAAGAGCACCAUGCAGAGGCUUUUGCUUGGUGGUCUGAUUUGAUGGUUGAACAUGCAGAGACCUUCCUGUCACUCUUUGCUGUGGACAUGGACAGUGUUUUGGAGACGCAGGCCCCGGACACCUGGGACAGCUUCCCAUUAUUUCAGCUGCUCAAUGAUUUCCUGAGGAGUGAUUAUAAUCUGUUGAAUGGAAAAUUCCACAAACACCUUCAGGAUGUCUUCGCUCCUCUUGUGGUUAGAUAUGUCGAUUUGAUGGAGUCAUCAAUUGCACAAUCAAUUCACAGGGGCUUUGACCGAGAAUCAUGGGAGCCUGUAAAGAGUUUAACAAGUAAUCUGCCCAAUGUGAAUCUACCAAAUGUGAAUCUCCCUAAAGUACCAAAUCUACCAGUUAACCUCCCACAAAUGCCUAGUUUUUCUGCUUCGUCCUGGAUCGCUACUAUAUAUGAUGCAGACAACGGCUCAGGAACCUCAGAAGAUCUGUUCUGGAAACUGGAUGCCUUGCAGACCUUUAUUAGAGAUCUGCAUUGGCCAGAGGAGGAGUUUGCAAAGCACCUGGAGCAAAGACUAAAGCUCAUGUCCAGCGAUAUGAUUGAAUCAUGUGUUAAAAGGACUAGGAUUGCAUUUGAAGCCAAGCUACAGAAGACAAGCAGGUCAACAGAUUUCCGUGUCCCACAGUCAAUAUGCACCAUGUUUAAUGUGAUGGUUGAUGCCAAGACACAGUCCACAAAGCUUUGCAGUAUGGAGGUGGGCCAGGAACGGCAAUACCAUUCUAAAAUUGAUGAGUUGAUUGAAGAAACUGUCAAAGAAAUGAUAACUCUCAUGGUUGCAAAGUUUGUUACUAUUUUGGAAGGAGUACUGUCCAAACUAUCCAGAUACGAUGAAGGGACCCUCUUCUCAUCCUUUCUGUCAUUCACUGUGAAAGCAGCCUCCAAGUAUGUGGAUGUGCCUAAACCUGGAAUGGAUUUGGCAGAUGCUUACGUGACCUUUGUGCGCCAGAGUCAGGAUAUCCUGCGUGAUAAGGUCAAUGAGGAGAUGUAUAUAGAAAGGUUAUUUGAUCAAUGGUACACAAGUUCCAUGAACGUCGUCUGCACCUGGCUAACAGAUCGCAUGGAUCUGCAGCUUCACAUCUACCAGCUGAAAAUCCUUAUCAGGCUCGUCAAGAAAACGUACCGAGAUUUCCGGCUGCAGGGAGUACUUGAUUCAACCUUGAAUAGCAAGACCUAUGAAACUGUUCGGAACAGACUGACUGUAGAAGAAGCCACGGCAUCAGUUUCUGAAGGCGGUGGUCUCCAAGGAAUUACAAUGAAGGACAGUGAUGAAGAAGACGAGGAGGAAGAUUAGAUCACUGUUAGAUUUAGAGGCUGAAUUUUGACAUAGCCUGGUAACAAAUGCAUGUACCACUCUGUUAUCCAAUUAGCCACAAUAGGAUCUUAUUUUUCAACUACUUGUAACAGAAAUGAGGGAACAGUUAUCAGUAAGAGUGAAAGUUUAGCUGUGUGGAAAAAAUAGCACUUAUUUGAACCAUUGAUUUCUAAAUUAAUUUCUAUAUGUUCAUGAGCAAUAUGGCGUAACCAUUGUUUGAUAAUGUUACGUGAGAUAUGUAGGAAUAUUGCUAGGUGUGUCCCUGUUAAAUGCAGAACCUAUUUGGCGCUUCAUCAAUGUAAUGUAUAUAUAUAUAUCUUGAUGGUAAGAUGUUGUGAAGAUGAGUGAGUAAGGUUAUUUAUUUAUUUAUAUUUCUUUACUGGCUGCCAACUGCUUAAAAAGGAAAUGCCCCUUGUAAUAGUGCAAUCUAAAAGUUUCAUUAAUAACCCCAAUGCAAUUUUGUUCACAUUUCUUUUCAUUCUAAUGCAUUUCUUUAUUUUUUCUUCUUUCUUGAAUGCACUUCUAGGUAUGCAGAAAAGAAUGUUACAACAGUUUACUUACAAUAUUUCUGGAUUCAGAUGUUUUUCUUUUGGGUUGUUAUGGAAGUGGUACAUUAAUGCCCAAAUUAAAGGCACUCAGUUUUAUUUAAUGAAAAAUCAUAUUGUGAUGUAUAUUGAAUAUCCUAAUGAAUUAUCCCCAAAAUAUACUGGAUUUGUUCAUCUGCCUUUUUAUUUAAAGCCAUAAGUGAAACUUCAAUUUUAAAUACCCCCAACUUAAAAAUUCAUUUUCAAAUGAUACAUUUGAAUAAUAUCCGAUAUUUUCACAAACUUUGACAGUUUCUUUCACACAUUGUGUUUCACAGUUGGUUUCUUGUAAAUAUAAAGCUGUAUAAUGCAUUUAGAAAAAAUAGGUGCAUGACAAAGGGAUCACCUUUUCCCCAAAAGCUAUUAGUCUCUGUGUGAAGUAGCUGGUGGUGGAACAAACAUCUCGCUUUGGCCUUAAGCCCACAGCUUUACCAUGGAAAACUGUGGAUUCUUAUUAAAUUGUACAAAUGUCUAUCACUCAUGCUUUUUAAACCAUGUUAUAAAUAUGUUAUUCUAUACCAUCACAAUAUCCAAACACAAUUUUUUUCUUCAGUGCGUAAAUUCAGAAUGAAACUGACUGAAUAGAAGGUACAAAUAUUUACACAAAAAUAGAAAAUAUGGGAAAUGCUCAACAGGUCAGGUAGCAUACCUGAAGAAAGAAACAGACUUAACAUUUUAGGUCAAAUACUAUUCUUCAGAAGGGAAAAGUUUUGAUCUUAAAGCAAAUUACUGCUAUCAUGUUUAAAAAGCUUCUAUAACUAAACAAUCUUCCAAAUCUAACUUUGGAAUAACAUCAGAUGAGAGUGAAAGAUCUGUACAAACAUUGACUAAAGCUGGUGAAUCAUUUUGAAAUGACACGUUGUAUUUGUAUCCAAGAACAAGUAAACCAAGAUGAUAAUGAUGUUUGCACUUGUCCUGUUUCACACAAUAUUAAACAGCCAGAAAAUUCACUAAACCAAACCAAUUGACUGUUUAUUUGCAAAAUGGAACCCAGGGCACAGUAUAUGUAUGGAUAUCAAAGUUAGGGCAUUAUUUUAUAACUCCUAUCUGCAGAUAUGUUUUAUAGCAGACAAAUAUUUAUACCCCAAUUUAUCCACUGGUUUAUUACAGCUAGUAAUAAAUUAAAUAUUUUAGAUUAUUAUGAUGGCAAGGUUGUCAGCACUCUUAAUGUGUAUGGAUUUCAACCUGUGUAGAAAUAUGUGAUGAUUCUAAAGUGAGAUUAAAGAAUAGUGCCGGUAUAUACCUGUUAAUAGCUGAACUUGUUUGGGAUUUCAUCCAUGUAGUGCAGAUUAUUGGAGUCAUGUUCUGUGACACUUGCACCAUUUAUCCAGAAAUGCCAUGGGUACCUCAUGAAAAUGUAGCAAAACAUAUUGUUAUAACUAGUUUUCUGUGUUUUUUUUCCACUGAAGUGACAGAUUAAGUGAAAAACAUACUGUACCUACCAAGUAAA